UUAGGCUGUUGGUAGAGCUCUCGAGUCUGUUACCAUGUCUCAGAUGCAGGGAGGCUCUCCUGGGAUCCCAGCCCAGCCAAAACCAUUUGCAGAGUGCAGGUAAGAACAAGAAGUUAUUAAUUCAGUCAUCAGGCAGAUUCUUUCCUGCAGUGGUGAUCUGAGACCACAGGUACGAUGAACCACUGCUCUCUGGCUUUCUUCCCUUCUUUCCAUCAUUUCUUUUAUCCUGUAUGCCUCAGUGUUUAUCUCCUUUAGCAACAUAGCCAAACUGCUUUCUCUUCAUCAUGUCUUAUACUCUUGCAUUUUUCUGUUCCUCCCCCGUUCUUUUUCUUUCACCUCUAUUUCUGCCCUAGUCUUCUUUUGCAUGCUCAUUCCACCCAGUAAGUUCUGAAUUCUUGUGUUCUCCCCUCUUAAGCUCGCAGGUAAUCCAAAGAGCACAGUGUGUUUUCCAGGCAUCUAACUGAGCUAACUGCAAUUGCUUGUCACUUUUGUACCUUGUAGCUAACAUUCAGCUGUCAUUUGUCUCUGCUGUUUAUCAUACGUGCCUUUAUAGCAGAAGAAUUUUUCUGAUUUUUUUGUGAAUGGAGCUAUAACUGUUAUCCAUUUUUUUUUUUUAGUUUAUCCAUUUUAUACAUUCUUAAAAAACACACCCUCACACAGAAUCUUGUUCUAGUUUCCCUAUUUCUUAUUUCAGAGUCAUGACUGGAGAAGUUGUUGUUUUGGUUUUUUUUUUUCUCUAUUAAGACAAUAUUGAAUUAAAUGAUGGGAUUUCUUUACAUGAGAUUUCUGUAUAGACACUGGCCUGGAACACUGGCAUCUGUGCUCUACCUUGAAACCAGUUGCCUUUCCUUUCCUAAGGAAAGAAAAGUUCAGACAGCGUCCAGUGGGUGUGGCAUCGGACCUCUUGGGUACUACAAUGGCUCGCUGGCUGUCACUGAGGCUGGGGCAGAGUGCCUGAACUGGGCAGAGUUCCCUGAUUACGUCCAGCAGUACCCAGACCGUGGCUUAGGGAACCACAACCACUGCAGAAACCCAGAUGGGGGAACUACACCCUGGUGCUUUUUCCGACUUGCAUCAGGGGCCAUCAGCUGGGCUAACUGUGACUGUAACCAAGGUGCUGUGCGGUUGGCUGAAGAUAGCAGUGUGGAGCUGUACUUUGGUGGACUCUGGGGUACCAUCUGUGCUGACCUCUGGACUGACUGGGAUGCCAGUGUUGUCUGCAGGCAGCUAGGUCUCAGUGAGAUUGGCACAGCUGGGAAGAAGAAUCAUCCUGGACUGUGGCCUAUUCCCCUGCACCUGCAGUCAGCAAACUGCCAUGGGGAUGAGAAAACCCUCUUGCAGUGCGGCUAUCAGGAAGCUGUGUCAGGAACUUGUAACCAGGGGAGCGCCAUGGUAACAUGUGUCCCUCCAGAAGGUGUAGGUGCUCCAUUGCGUUUAGUUGGGGGAAAGGAGAGCUUUGAAGGACGGGUGGAGGUAUACCAUGAUGGCAAGUGGGGUACCAUCUGUGAUGACCAAUGGGAUGACCGUGAUGCUGAAGUAGUUUGUAGGCAGCUGGGACUCAGUGGGAACCCGAAAGCCUUGUCGUGGGCUCACUAUGGUCAGGGAUCUGGCCCCAUCCUGCUAGAUGAAGUGGAGUGCUCAGGCAAUGAACUCUCACUCGAUCAAUGCAAGAAGAGUGACUGGGGACAACAAAACUGUGACCAUAUUGAAGAUGCUGGCGUCUCCUGUGACCCUUUCACAGAGGGCACUGUAAGGCUGACUGGUGGUCGCAGCCCCAGCGAAGGCAGGGUAGAAGUUUAUUACAAUGGAGACUGGGGCACAGUAUGUGAUGAUGGCUGGACAGAUCUCAGUGCCCAGGUGGUCUGCAGGCAGCUGGGCUUCAGUGGGCCUGCUACCCUGGCCUCUGAAGCAGACUAUGCUGCUGGCCAAGGCUUUAUCUUGCUGGAUGAUGUGGCUUGUGUGGGCACGGAGCUCUCCCUCCUGGACUGUCCCCAUAGCAACUGGGGGCAGCACGACUGCUCACACGCUGAGGACGUGGGAGUCCACUGUUCCCCUGAGAGCAACACAGUCACUGGCAGCCUCGGACCUCCUGUGCGGCUGGUGGAUGGAGAAAGCACCAAGGAGGGACGGGUUGAAGUAUUCCUGAAUGGGCAGUGGGGCAGCAUCUGUGAUGAUGGCUGGACAGACAGAGAUGCUACAGUAGUUUGCAGGCAAUUGGGCUUCAGUGGUGCAGCAAAAGCCAGGGCAAUGGCUUAUUUUGGUGAAGGCCAAGGGCCCAUCCAUCUGGACAGUAUAGAAUGUAGAGGCACAGAGCACGCUCUGGGGCAAUGUGUCAGACCUGACACUGGGAUUCACAGUUGCUGGCACAGUGAAGAUGCUGGUGUGAUUUGUGACUAUGUGGAAGAGAAGGUCCAGGAUAUCAGGAGAACAGGUCCAGAGUCCAGUGUGUGUGGCAUGCGCCUACUUCAUCGUCGCAAGAAAAGGAUCAUAGGUGGAAACAAGUCUCUCAGAGGUGGUUGGCCAUGGCAGGCCUCACUACGGUUGAAGGGUUUCCAGAGAGAUACCCGUCUGCUCUGUGGGGCAACACUGAUCAGCAGUUGCUGGGUAGUGACUGCAGCCCACUGCUUCAAAAGGUUUGGUGUUGAUGUGCGACGCUACCUGCUGCGGGUAGGUGACUACCACACAGCUGUGAAGGAUGAGUUUGAGAGAGAGCUGCCUGUGGAGCGGAUUGUCCUCCACAGGAACUACUGGGCUGGCAGCAACGAUAAUGACAUUGCCCUGGUCCGAAUGCGAGGCAGAGAGGGGCAUUGUCUCUCCUUCAACAGCCACGUUCUGCCUAUCUGCCUUCCUGAUAAGAAAGAGAAGUCUGACAUAAACAGGCAAGCCUGCAUCAUCUCUGGUUGGGGAGACACAGGGAAAUCUUAUUCAAGAACACUACUGCAGGGGGUGGUGCCUCUUCUGCCACGGGAAGACUGUGAGGUCCGUUAUGGGCAGAAGUUCACGAACCGCAUGAUUUGUGCUGGGAACCUCUCUGAAGAUAAACGAGUGGACAGCUGCCAGGGUGACAGCGGAGGGCCACUCAUGUGUCAGAAGUCAAAUGGACGCUGGAUCAUUUUGGGAAUCACUUCCUGGGGUUACGGGUGUGGUCGGAAGGAUUCCCCUGGUGUGUACACAAAGGUCAGCAGAUACGUACCCUGGAUCAAGAAAGUGACCAAGCUAAAAUGAAAAUGUCUGAGCCCCAGGAACUUCAACUUGUCCUUCUCCCUGCAGCAGCUGAAAGCUGUGGCUUCUGGCCUGGGAAUGGUGGAAAUGUGUGUUUUCUUUUGGACACUGGGAAAGUAAUUUAACAUAGAACUGGGAGAAAAACAGCUAUGGUUGAUUCUUUGGUCUCACUUUAGUUCUUAAUCUCUGAGCAGACAAAGCAAGUGCACACUGGUAGGACAAAUUAGCCUGUGUUGCUCUGACAACAAGUUUGAGUCCUGUAAUGCAAUCAAUGCUUAUUUCUUUGGUCCCAACACACGGAAAUGGUAGAAAUGAAGAUAUGCCUGUCUCUGUAAAUCUGUUCACCAGUUUUUGUAUGUUCACACACUUGAAAAUCACUGCAAAGACAGGUGAGAUGCUUGUAAGUUGCUGCAAGCUCUGGCAUACUUUUUCAUAACAUGUCUCUCUUCCAUUCCAGAAAUGAGAAGAUUUGACCUGAGCUGAGGAGCAGGCUAACAAUUGGCCUUUUUUUUCCCCUGAUAUGUCUCUAGGGGGAACCUUUUCUCUUCUGAAUAUUAGAUUCUAAAAUGUCUGUCCCUGCUAAGAGGUGCUUGUCCUUCCAGCUGUAAUCCUUGUGCCACACAUUUCUGGUCAGAUGCUACGGCUUUAUUGCUGCUUUCUCAAAAUUGUGGUUCUUCUGUGGUUUGUUUUUUGUUUCUCCAUAAAGCAGCGUCUCCUGGAAUCAAUUGUUUGUGUGAGAGUAAAUCUUCGCUUUUAAGAGACAAUAGCUUUCUUGCUCUCAUGAUUACUGUGAAUGACUUAAAAAUGUGACUUCACUGUGACUGGAAUAGACACUAUUACUUUUCGUUAAAUCCAAAUAUAGUGUUAAGUGUUCAGGUGUUGAUUCAUAGUUUAACAGCACUGCAGGGACUUUAUCUUGAUAUUUUAUUCAUCAUUAUUAUUAACUGCCCUUUGUGAUCUUAGCCUUUAGUAUCUCUGUGUUCAUAGUCCUCCUGUGAAGCAUGGAAAUACUCUGGAGUGUAGACACCAAACAAACACUAGAGUGAGUAGUUUUCUUGAGGUGCAAGGCAGUUUCCUGCAUUCCUGGAGUAUAUGCAGCCUUUGUACAACAGUUUCUCUCUUCUUUUUAUGUUUCUCUUUUCAUUCAUCUCAGUGGAAUUGGGUUUUGGCUUGACUUAAGGGUCUGCAAGCAGUGCCAUCAAGCUACUACUGUUUUAGGGUCAGACCUUCUCAACCUGGACAUAAAUAAUACGGAGAGAAUACAAGUGUUAUUGAACACUUCAGUUUCUUCCUUCUCUCAUUCAAACAAAUGGACGUAAUUUCCUGCUCUGAGGCCUUAAUUACUUUCUAGGUUAAUUGAUUAUUUUUGAGUAGGGAGAAAAAUACAAAAGCAGAAGAGCUAAGUGUGUUAACAGUUGUGCAGCUCACAGUGGUGUGUUCUGUAUACGUGUAGCCAAGCCAGAGAGAAGACAGGCCUGUUCAUGAGCAGCCUUGGUGCACAACCAAUGAUCCAAACAUGGAGUAAUAAUACAGUCUGAGACAUGUGGAACUUUUGCCAAAUGUGCAUGUUUUGGAUUCACUCAGUCACACACUAGCCUGCUGACUGCAAGGUCUGUACUCAAGGCACUGAGAUGUUUGGUACCUGGGAAUUAUCAAGGCAAGAAUGGAAGACAGCACAACCUGUGGAUUAGCUAUGUCAUAUGAUAGGACAAGUAGUGAUAGUGUAUUAGAAAUUGCCUUGAGUUAAACAAGCAGUGACUGCCAGAAGUUUUAAUUUCUCUUCUACAAAGCAGCUUAAUCUAAAAGUGACCUGCAUAGGUGUCUGAUUUUUGCUAAACUGAACAGUUAAUUUACCUUCUCCAGUGAUUACUGUACAGUUGGCUUACAAGUGCUCUAAUGGACUUUGAAAAUCAUACAUGGAAACUUUAUUUUUAAAAAAGAAUUAAAGGAAUCUUUGAAACAUGCAAUGUUAGAACACCUGCAAAUUGCCCUUUGAGACAGACCUGAUCUGUUAGUGCCCCUUCUUGAGGGCUGAAUGUCUGCAGUGUGCUUGUGUUGAUGACUCUAUUUGAAGAGCUAGGCUUGGUCCUUGCAGUGCUGUGCUUGGCUCCGUGCUGCCUGUGCUGUCCAUGGCUGCUGGCGGAGUGUCCCUAAGGCACAAGCUGCAGGCUAGACUGCUGGUUUUCUCUUAGGAGUUAAAAUGAGAGGAGAACCGAGGACAAUUAUGUUACAGACCUCUCUAUUCCAGAGUGGCAGUAACAGUACCUGUUUGGGAAAUGGGGAGGGAUUUAGUUUUCACUUUCAGCCUCCCCCAAGCCUGAAUGCUACAUCAGCUCAAACAUAGUGCUGUCACGCCUCUAGUUUAACCUGGUUUGAACUUCUAGCUUAUACUCAUAACCCCAACAGGCUUAGAAAUAUAGAAAGGAUUGAAGGUUUUUUCCCUAAGCCUACUUAACUUGUUGCCAUUCAGGAGUUAGAAAAAAUGCCUAUGCAACAUAAGUGAGACACAGACCUGGCACAGCAUUCUGUGAUUCCCAUGUUCCAAUUCAAAAUAUUUCCCCUGUAUUUUGUCACCAUGAAAGCUGUGAGAAUCACGGUACUUAACAUUCUGUGAGUCCUGAAUGAGCUAGGAGGAAGGGAGGAAGUACCUCACCUAGUUUUACACUUACUUGUGCUAAGCAAACCUGCAAACACGCUUGUGAGUUGUCCUAACCUGUUCAAAACAUCACUGUUCCUCUUUGUGGCCCAAACCAAACUCACAUGCUUUGCCACAGGGGGUUACUGGAAUUAUCUGAUCAGAAGACCAGCACUCAGCCGCUCCAAAGUUGUAUUUUGUACCUAACGUUGGCCAGCAGCAGACAUGUCAAAGCACAGUGUGUGUGCGUUUGUACUGAACAAGUUUUAACAGCCUUUUUCUUUUUUUUUCUGGGAAAUCUUGUUCUUGGACCAUUUAUGUUAAUUACUUGCAUUGCUAUCACUGUUCAAAUUAAAAGUACUAGUACUUGUCCCUCCAGGUACUGCUCAAACACUACGUGCUAUACUUUCAUGAUUUUUUCUUUUCGGAAGUAUCAAUGUUUAUAUCCCAAACUUAAAAAAAAAAGUUUAUUGUAAACAUCCCUCGUCUUUCACAUAAAUGUUUAAUCUCUUAUUUAAUCCAACUAAGCUCUACAGCCUCAGUAUUUUCUGACAAUGAGAACCAAUAUAAUUUCAUUCUCCACAGUACAAUUGUCUUUUUAUAGAUCCUGAAUGCAUUGCCUUUUGUUUUUACUGAAUCCCAUCUAUCCUUGUGUUCUCAACUAUGAGAGGAAAUGAGAGCCCUUGCUUUAUACUCUUGUCCAUUAUGCUGCAGUCUUUUGAAAACUGUGACUUCUCUGUCUCUCUUCAUUCCAAACUGCCUAGGUACCUGAUAACAUAUGAGCUGUCUCUCCACGCCUUCUCUUUCUGCUGGGUCUUUAAGCUUUGGUAACCAGAACUGAAAACAGUUUGUGAGGGGAAGAUGUGCCAUCUGCUGAUUACUUUCAGUAUUUUCAAUAGUAGGCAAUGCUGUAAGUUUGUUCAGUGCUGUGUAUUAUGUAUGUAUGCUAGCUUUAAACUUGCUGGUGUGGUUUUAGUGGCAGCCCUCCUACAGCAAGGUAAAAACCAACCAAGGUUGAUUCACCCAGUGUCUGGCAGCUGCAGCAGCCCCUUCAAGCACAGCCAGCUGCUGUAGGUAUAUCUGUGGAACAGAACGUGGCUCUGGGCAGGGGGUACCUGAUGAGUCCUUAGCAGCAUUCGUUGUCUGGUUGAGGGUAAUGCCCAUUCCUCCCUUCCAGGAACUGAUAGUUCAGUUACUGGCAUCUGCGAUGCGCUAUGGGGAUGCUUUGUAAGACAAGUUCCUGCAGUAGUGUGGUGCGUGUUGGUUGAAUGAAAAACAGUGCCUCUGUGACUGGGGAACAUUUGUUAGAUAGAGUGUCUAAGGAGCACCUAACAUGGCUCCUGUUAGCCCUCUUCCUACAAGAAUACCCCGGUGCUUUACAAAGGCGGACCCAGUGCUAGUGCCUUCCUGCCCUCUAGGGGCUACAUGGGUACUCUCAUCAGCCCUGUCUUGAUACCAGUCCAGGCUUGGGCCGGUUGAAGCUGGAUUAAAGAUUUAUCCAUUUCCUGUAGCUGAAUGCUUUUCAGAUGAUUUAUAAGAAUUAUGUUUCCAUGCUGUAAUUAAUUGGGCAGCUAUUUAUGAACCUGAACAGGAUUUCAAUUACUCCUGUAAUCCUUGUACCUCUGUAGCAGAGAAUAACAAAUCAGUUCCUCAAAGGUAUUAGUGGAGGGAUUGGUUAGGAACUAGGAACAUGAGUAUUUGCUGUCUCAGAGAUAGGAAAACAGGGUUUGCUUUAUGUCUGUCUGCCUUAUUUUCUGAAGCCAAUAUCCUGAAGACUCUUCAUCCCCAAAGUAACUGUUGUGAUCCAUCAACCACUUAAAGACACAUAUUUAUGUAUAUAAGAGGAAGGUUAUUAGUAGCUGAACUGCAGUGCAAUACGUAACAUCUUCUUGCUUUUCUGGGAGUUCCUUGCAGCUAGAAAAUGUGGGCAUGGGAAUAGAAUGGUCACUGAUGGUAACCAGCCUGGAACUGCUCCCGGUGGGAUGAGGAACUGUGACCUGGAGCAAGGGCUUGGGCUGUGUUUUUACUUAUUCAAGAAAAUAUUUAAUUCCCCAUGUCAAGAAGGAACAUUUGUUCAGCCCACUCAGUCCUAUUAAAAACCCUUUCUACUAACAGGGGCCUGAGUAGCUCUGAAAUCAGUCUAGUGCCAAAACUGUCAUGUCCCCUGGAUCAAAACCAGUGACUCACA